CAAUUGCAAAUCACCAAGCAGAGCGUGGACGCUAAGUAUUACAUAUGCAGCAGACGUCUUUAUUUGUUUAAAAAGAAGCUUCGUAAACAAUCAGCACACAAAAUGACUGACAAAAGGUCUAAAAGGCUGUCAACCGAGCUUGACGUAGGGAAGUCAGACGAGGAGCGUUCUAGCAAGGAUAAAGAUUACGGCGACUGGAUAUGCAUCGAUACCGAUUGUGGUAAUGUAAACUUUGCAAAACGUUUAUCCUGCAAUCGUUGUGGCAAAGAACGAGGAGAAUGUCCAAAAAAAAAGAAGCUUGGUCAAGAAAUUGGUAAAGCUGCAGCUGAAAAAAGUAGAGGAUUAUUUAGUGCUGAUGAUUGGCAAUGUAACAAAUGUGGUAAUGUUAAUUGGGCCCGUCGCCAGCAAUGUAACAUGUGCAAUGCUCCUAAAUUUGGUGAUGUUGAAGAGAGAACUGGGUAUGGUGGUGGUUAUAAUGAUAGAGGUGUUGUUGAAUAUAAAGAACGAAGAGCUGAUGAUGAUGAUGAAUAUGAUGAGUUUGGUAGAAGAAAAAAGAAGCGAAAAACUGAAAAUCGUUCUGACGAUGAUUCGAAAGACUCAUUUAAAUAUAGCAGUUCACCGAGAACUAAAUUAAGAAAUACUGAUCAAAAAAGUGAUGAGUUGAAUAAAGAGGAUGUCGGAGUUCAUAAAAAUAAAUCAAAAAACACAGAGAAAAAUUUCAAACAUGAAGAUGAUAAAAGUGAAGAAAAUGUAGAGGAUGAAGGAGAUGAAGAAGAUGAAGAAGAUGAUGGAAGUGAUGAAGAUCUAUCUAAGUAUGAUUUGAGUGAAUGGGAUGAUCUUGCUGCUAAUAAAAGGUAUGUAUAUCUUAUUAAAUUUUUAACAAACGUUUUAAUUGAAAAAAUUAUUCCAAUAUGCUUUAGCUCCAAUGGAACAUCUGAAAAUUCACAGCCAAGAUGAAAUUAAUAAUUGGUAGUUAAUAUACAUUGAUUAUAAAAUUAAUGGAGGAAUAAUUACAGUAGCAAUCAUCUGGACUAACUAAAGCAAUCAUUUUAACUCUUCUGCAUUAUUAUAUAAUGUCAAUUUCAAUAUAUAAUAUUAGAUACUGCAUUGAAGUAAUUAGUUAAUUAGAAAUUUGCACUACGUUCAUCAAUUCAUUUAAGUUUGCAAAUUAUAAUUAAAUAGGUAAUUCAUGAUUCUAUUAGCAAUACAUGGAAUUUGCACUUACACAAAGUUUUAUUUGAUAAACUUUUUGAAUACAGUCUACCUAAAAUUGUUGAAUCCAUGGUUUGUGCAAAAUUGCUGUAGUUGAUAAUAUCAAAUUCAAGUCAUCCACAAAUAUGAAGCACAAUACAUUAUAUUUAAAUGAAAUAAAUACAAGUGUGUUUCAACAAUUUAUGUUUUGUAAAUAUCUUUAUUUUAGUUUUAAUAAAAAUCAUUCAUCAACAAGUAAUUGUUCUUAUACAAUAAUAUUUUCUUAAUAUUAAUUUACACGCUAUAUGAAUAAUGUGUACAUUCCGUUGUUUUUCGUAGGAAUAUUUGAUUGUGUAGUCAAAAAGAGAUUUAACCGUAUGUAACGAAACUUUUUGUGAUUGUGAGAAAAUUGGUCAUUUAAAAAAUGAUCCCUUCAAAUCUCAAAAGAGUAUAAAAAAGUAACGAGAGGAUUUCGUUAAAAAUUUUA